CUCAUUCUUACAAAGCUGCAUGACUUCAAUUUGGGAAGCGUUACUGAAAGCUCACUUUGGAGGUCCACAGAUUAUGGUACAACAUAUGAAAAGCUAAAUGACAAGAUGGGACUAAAGACAGUGUUGAGUUAUCUUUACGUCAGUCCUACUAAUAAGAGAAAGAUAAUGCUCUUAAGUGAUCCUGAAAUUGAAAGUAGCAUACUCAUCAGUAACGAUGAAGGAGCCACCUAUCAAAAAUAUCGACUCAGCUUCUAUAUCCAGAGUCUGCUAUUCCAUCCUAAGCAAGAAGACUGGAUUCUAGCAUACAGCAUUGACCAAAAGCUGUACAGUUCUAUGGAUUUUGGAAGGAGAUGGCAGAUCAUGCAUGAACGGAUCACACCAAACCGAUUUUAUUGGUCUGUCACGGAUUUGGACAAGGAGCAUGACCUUGUACAUAUGGAAGCUCGGACACCAGAUGGACAUGCCCAUUAUAUAACUUGUAGAAUUCAAGAAUGUUCAGAGACCACUAGGAAUGGACCUUUUUUGCAUUCCAUUGAUACAAGUUCACUUGUUGUCCAGGAUAAAUAUAUCUUUAUUCAGGUGACUUCCAGUGGGAGAGCAAAUUACUACGUGUCUUACAAAAGAGAACCCUUUACUCAGAUAAAAUUACCUAAGUAUUCACUACCAAAGGACAUGCAUAUUAUCAGCACAGAUGAGAAUCAGGUGUUUGCUGCAGUUCAGGAAUGGAACCAAAAUGACACAUACAAUCUCUACAUUUCUGAUGUUCGUGGAGUCUAUUUUACGCUAGCUUUGGAGAAUGUUAAGAGCAGCCGAGGACUAGAAGGGAAUGUUAUCAUUGAUCUUUAUGAGGUAGCAGGGAUCAAAGGUAUAUUGCUGGCUAACAAGAAAGUAGAAGAACAAAUAAAAACAUUUAUCACCUACAACAAAGGAAGAGACUGGCGUCUGCUACAAGCUCCAGAUUCUGACCUGAGAGGGGACCCCAUUCACUGUCUGCUGCCUUUCUGUUCCUUGCACUUACAUUUGCAAAUCCCUGAAAACCCUUACACUUCAGACAGCAUUUCAAGCAAAGAGACAGUCCCUGGACUUCUAGUUGCUACAGGCAAUGUGGGUGCAGAAUUGUCAUAUACUGAGGUUGGCAUGUUUGUUUCUUCAGAUGGUGGAAAUUCCUGGAGACAGAUCUUUGAGGAAGAAUACAAUGUAUGGUUUCUUGAUUGGGGUGGAGCACUUGUGGCCAUGAAACACACAUCAAUGCCUAUUCGACAUCUGUGGGUGAGUUUCGAUGAAGGAAGGACCUGGAAUAAAUAUGGCUUCACAUCAGCACCACUCUUUGUGGAUGGGUCCCUAGUGGAGCCAGGCAUAGAAACUCAGAUAAUGACAAUCUUUGGCCAUCUCAAUCUCCGUUCUGAAUGGCAACUGGUAAAAGUGGAUUAUAAAUCUAUCUUUAGCAGAAGAUGUACCAAGGAUGAUUUCCAGUCGUGGCAUUUACACAAUCAGGGUGAACCAUGUGUCAUGGGAGAAAGGAAGAUCUAUAAGAAACGUAAAUCAGGAGCAUGGUGUGCAUUGUCUAGAGAUUAUUCAAGAACAGUUGUUUCAGAACCAUGCAUCUGUGCUGAGUGGGACUUUGAAUGUGAUUAUGGUUAUGAAAGACACAAUAAUAAUCAAUGCAUCCCAGCAUUCUGGUUCAACCCAUCUUCUUGGUUAAAAGAAUGCAGUCUUGGCCAGAGCUACUUGAACAGCACUGGGUAUCGGAGGAUUGUUUCUAAUAACUGCACAGAUGGUUUGCUAGAAAAAUAUGCAGCCAAGCCUGAACAGUGCCCAGGCAAAGCUCCCCGUGGGCUACAUAUUCUCACAUCCACUGGCAAGUUGGUUACAGAACAAGGUUACAACACUACUUUCAUAAUUCUUAUGGAAGAGGGUGACCUCCAGAGGACAAAUAUCCAGUUGGAUUUUGGGGAUGGUACUGCUGUAUCCUAUGCUAAUUUCAGUCCUAUAGAAGAUGGUAUCCGACACAUUUAUAAGAGCACUGGAAUCUUCCAUGUGACAGCUUAUGCAGAAAAUAACUUGGGUUCUGAUUUGGCAGCACUUUUUUUGCAUGUGGUUUGUCCAGUGGAACGUGUCCACCUGAGUGCUCCUUUUGUGGCCAUCAGAAAUAAGGAAGUCAAUCUCACGGCUGUAGUUUGGCCAAAUCAGUCAGGCACUCUCACUUACUUCUGGUGGUUUGGCAACAAUAGCAAGCCAUUCAUCACCUUGGAUAGCAGCAUCUCUUAUAUCUUUACCAAUGAAGGACAGAAUACUAUCACAGUGCAGGUCUCAGCUGGCAAUGUCCUGAUUCAGGACACCCGAAAUAUUGCUGUGCAUGAAUAUUUUCAGUCUCAACUAUUAUCAUUCUCACCCAAUUUGGAUUACCACAAUCCUGAUAUCCCAGAGUGGAGAGAAGACAUUGGCCGAGUCAUCAAAGCAGCUUUGGUGCAUGUGACUGGUAUUCCCAAGGAACAAAUUCUUGUAGCAGUAUUCCCUGGAUUGCCUACCUCUGCUGAGCUUUUCAUCUUACCACAUCAAAACAUCUCAGAAAGAAGGAAAUACAGUGAAGAUGAUUUAGAGCAGGUGGGUAAAACACGGGUUCCCCUUUUUUCAGGUGGUUACGCAUUCCUUUAAUUGUUAAGCAGGCUCUGAACUGAAAAGAAUUUCAAAGUACUAUAAUAUAGGGCAGUGUUUCUCAACUAUGGCCAUUUGAAGAUGGUUGGACUUCAAUUCUCAGAAACAUCACUG